GAGGGGAGGGGAGAGGAGAGAGAGAGGGAGCUUGUGUGCGGCGCCUGAGUGACAGCUCCUGUGCAGUGGCGGACAGUGCAGGCGGCAGGGAGCUCUGCAGAGCUCGGCGACAGCCGCUGCAGGACCGUCUCUCUCUCUGCAACUCCCCGGGGCACGGGUCGGCGGAGAGUCCCGUUGGAUAGGAAGGGUCCGAGCCACCUUAAAGAGACUUUGAGGGGGAAGUGGUGGGUUGGAGGGGUCCCUGGCUGAUGUCUCGCUGCAGGAGUACGGUGGCUGCGGUUACCAUGAACGCUCCCGGACCCGGGCAGGGUUAACCGAGCUCGCCAGCCCAGCCAGGGGCAGGGGGUGGAGAGGCUGCCGGACCCCCAGGAGUGGGGAGGUGGGGCGGGGGUCAGGUCCCGCUUCCCCGGGACCCCCCCCCACUGAUGCUGCCUCGGACGGUCCGUCACAUCCUGGACGGGGUGAAGCUGGAACUGUCGGGAGACCCCGAUGUGGUGCUCAGCGGUUACAGGGCGAGGGACCCGGACCGGGAGCCGCCGCCGUCUCCACAGUGCCUGAGCGAGGAGACGGUGGAUGGAGCUGUGUACUCAGUGACGCAGAAACAAAUCCAACUCCAGCAAGCAGCGAGCAAAGGCCAACAGUGGCUGGGGGUGGGGAACGAGGUGGUCGGGACCACCUGCGAGACGGUGAGGACUCGCUCCAUCAAGGCGGGCCGGCUGGAGAAGAUCGUGCAACACCUGCUGGAGGCCAUCGACUGCGGCGACUCGUCCUACCUCUCUGCCUUCCUCGCCACCUACCGCGCCUUCACCAACACCCAGGAGGUGCUCGGGAUCCUGCUCGACAGGUUGGAAUACUUAAAGACAGAAACAGCGAAAACCUCGGAUUGCUGCUCAGUGAAGAGUUGGGACCACUUCCGGCUUAUUGCCACCUCUGUCUUUUCCACCUGGAUGGAACAAUAUUCCGAAGACUUCCAGAGCCUGGAUAAUGCUUGCCUGAAGCGUCUGGUGCGUUACAUAAGGAAGGAGUCCCGGGGCACGGAGCUGGAGCGCCGGGCAGAAGAAAUCCUAGCGCAGAACGAGAAGUUAUCCAGCAGCGAUGGUCAAACACUACCGAACAGUAACCAGACGGAGGAGAACAAGAGGCAGCCCACGCACAGAUCGGAACCGACUGACAUCCUCACCUUCAUGGCGGACAUGGCAGCGGCCCAGCUCACGAUGAUGGACGCGGAGCUCUUCAUGAAAGUGGUACCAUACCACUGCCUGGGGUCCAUCUGGUCACAACGGGACAAGAAGGGGAAGGAAAACCUGGCCCCUACCAUCUGGGCGACCGUCCGGCAGUUCAACAAGCUCACCAACUGCGUCAUCAGCUCCUGCCUCAGCAACACCAAGCUGCGGCCGCAACAACGGGCGCGCAUCCUGGAGAAGUGGGUGCUGGUGGCCGAGGAAUGCCGGGCUCUGAAGAAUUUCUCCUCACUCUACGCCAUCAUCUCCGCCCUCCAGUCCAACCCCGUGCACCGGCUGAAGAAAACCUGGGAAGAAAUUCCCAGAGAAAUUCUCCGGAGAUACGAGGACCUCGCGGAGAUCUUUUCAGAGAAGAAUAAUUAUUCCCAAAGCCGGGAGCUGUUGAUUAAAGAAGGAACUUCAAAGUUUGCCACACCAGACAAGAAACAUAUCAAAAAACCAAAGGACCACAAACUUCCUAACGUAGUCCAGGGCACGGUGCCCUACCUCGGGACCUUUCUGACGGACCUGGUUAUGUUGGACACCGCGGUGAAGGACUACGUCGAGGAUGGACUGAUUAACUUUGACAAGAGGAGGAAGGAGUUUGAAAUCAUCGCCCAGAUUAAGCUGCUUCAGAAAGCCUGCAAGAACUACAGCUUUGAGAAGGAGCCCGAGUUUCUGAACUGGUUCUAUGGCCUGGAGACUCUCAGUGAGGCCGAGAGUUACAAGUUGUCGUGUGAACUUGAACCACUGGAGUUGGCUAGCCCACCGUCGAAGCCUCGACCUACCCUGGUCAUCACCCCCUGCAACGACUCUCCACCCAGCCAGAACAGUCCGACCGUACUCUCCGGGGGUCUCCCACCCUGGGAUGGACCCGUCUCACCUCCCCUGGAGCCGGGCUGCACCUCCGACACGCCAGGAUCCAAGGAGCACUCCCUGAAGCCCAUUAACGCCCUUCUCUGCAAGGUUGCCUGGCACCCAAAGUUCCCCUCUGUCUCCUCCUUGGACUCGGCCGGGAUCGAGCCCAGUCCCGCCUGCCCCCCUUCCCCCUCUGCCCUCUCCCCCGCCGCUGCCUUCGCAAAGGGGCACCGGCGCUCAGCGUCCUGCGGGGCCACCUACGCCUCGUCCUCCGUGCCCGUGGGCUCGCCACAGUCCGACUGCCGCAUCGUCCGCGUGCGCCUGGACGUCGCCAACGGAAACGUCUACAAGAGCAUCCUGGUAUCCAGUCAGGACAAGACCCCCGCGGUGGUCGGGAAAGCUCUGGAGAAACACAACCAGGACCCUCACGCAGCGCAGUCUUAUGAGUUGGUGCAGAUCAUAUCGGAGGAGAAAGAGUUCACCAUCCCUCACAACGCCAAUGUGUUCUACGCCAUGACCUCGGCCAGCAGCGAGUUCCUCCUCCGGAGGAAAGACCACCCUUCUCCGAAGCCCAGGUCCGAGCACGGCUCGCCGUUCCCAAAGAUCCGCUCCAAGGGCAUGAAGAUCGCCAAGGCCCUGUUCUAGAGGGGGGCUCGGUUCUCGGAACUGACUGGUCCGGUGUUCCCGGGGGACGCUGGGCGGCUGUUGAGACCGCAUAGGAAGGAAUGAGCACCGAACCCAGGCUGCCUUCCAGAACAGAAGCGCCAGAGGCGUCUGUCCGCUCGCUGCGCGACGUCUUCCGGGCAAGGAGAGCUUCUGCGUCCAGGACCUUUGCCCUUUCACCCUUCCAACCCUUGCUCAAGGGGGCUGAACCGCGUCUGGCGCCAUUCCCUGGAGGUACCUAUGAAGGUAGAACGCAAGACACAUGCAGACCUGGGUGAAAACGUCCAGCAAUCUGAUCCCCUCGGACAAGCGCCCUUCAAGACGUUUGCCACUUACCAGUGUCGCGGGCACAGAGCGACUCUUGGAGACAGGAAAUGCCAAGGCGUUGGUGAUCAGAAGGAAGGUCUGAGGUGCCCACUCACUGGGGGACAAGGUCAAAGAACUUCUAGCUUAAGGACGCUUGUUCUGUGACAGCAUCGAGUGGGCAGCUCUUGUGGAAGUCCUGUCCUGUAGCCCGGUUCUGCAGGCCAGUCGUAAGGUCUCCAGUCGCGGUUUCGGUACUCCGCGAAGACCUGCCUGCUGGAGAAACCUAUCGGAGGGCGAGGGCCGGCUGGGCAGGGAACGAAAGACCAAAAAGAAACCCUGCAGAUGCCAGAAGUUGGACCCAAAAACAGAAAGUGCCGGAAACACUCAGCAGGUCAGGCAGCGUCUGUGGAGAGAGAAGCAGAGUUGGUGUUUCAGGUCAGAGGUGGAAACACUCAGCAGGUCAGGCAGCAUCUGUGGAGAGAUAAUAGUGUUAACGUUUCAGUUCGAAGACCCUUCAUUGAACUACCGAAGGGUCCCGGACCUGCUUCUCUCUCCACAGACACUGCCGAGUGUUUCCAGCAUUCCCUGGUUUUUGGUGUCGGAUAAUUCACUACAGUAUCAUUCCCAUUGCUUGGUGCCUUUGCUGGCCAACCCCACGGGAUUAUUGCAAGCCCGGUGGAUAAUUCCCAGUCCGCCUCCCCGGAGGCCUGCCCCUGUGCUCCCCACUACAACUGAUUUCCUGCUCUCUACCACUUCCUUGAUUGCUCCUGACCUGAACCUCUUUCCCCCAGAACGUCAUUCCCAAUUCUUGGAUUCCAGAGGCAGCUGCUGCACUGGGGGCUGACAGCGGGACUCUUACAAAGAGUUGGGGGUGGGGUGGGUUGUCUACGAACUGACAGGGAAGGAUGGUCUCCCAAGACGGGCUUCACACAAGGCCACCACCUUCCUGCAACCCCUCGCUCGAGCUGACCAGAUGAAUGUCUCUGAGCUGAGACCAGAAGUGCCUUCCCGUCCACCUCCCCCUUGCCACUGCUCAACCCACCGCCCCUCCCUCAGUGCGGAAACCCUCCGACGCUCCGCGGACUCUACCCAAAGCGACGUGAAGACCACUACGGGAGUGCCGUCUUGUCGAGGGAAGGAAGAUCUCCGUCAGAAGGUGACGAUUAUCACUACACACACAUUUGGGGCCCUUUACCCAAAGCAGGCCCCUAUAACACUAAUGUAAAAGGCACCGUGCCAACUGAGAAAAUGUCAGCAAGGAUUAUGUUGCUUUGAUGUUAAUUAUUUAUGCUUUGGAUGUAUGGUCCAUCCCAUAGGGAGCAAUAUGUUGGAAAACAGUGGAAAAUCAGUCUAGACGAUGCAAUCGACUUUGUGCUUUGAUCAUUGUCUAAAUUCCAGCUGCUUUGGUGUUCCUGAACUUCUUGUAGACCCAUCCAAAGAAAAUCCAAGCGGCAGAGGUUAUGUCGUGUGGAGAGUAAGAUGGCUCCGUGGUUUAGUCAUCCAGAAGGUUGAGUUCGAAUCUCCACUCAGAGAGACUUGGAACUGACUAGCCAGUGUCAGUAAAAACCCUGAUACAUUUGGAGUUGGUUCGCCAAUAUCCCUCGAGAGAACUACCUCUGGGCUGUUCAUCAAAUGUCAGUCACACCCACGGUGGCGCAGCGGGUAGAGCCGUUGCCUCACAGCACCAGAGACCCGGGUUCGAUCCUGACCUCCGGCGCUGGCUGUGUGUGUGUGGAGUUUGCACAUUCCCCCUGUGACCCCAUGGGUUUGCCCCGGGUGCUCCAAUUUCCUCCCACGUCCCAACGAGGUGCUGAUUAGUAGGUGAAUUGUUCCCUGUGGAUAGUGUGUAGGUGAGGGGUAGAAUCAAGGGGAGAGUUAAUGAGAAUGUAGGGAGAGGAAGAAAGAAUUAGUGCAGCUGGGUGCUUGCAUGCAUUUGAUGGGCCGAAGGGCCUGUUUCCAUGCUGUACAGCUCUAAGGCACCCUGACGUUGACUGGGGACCACUCACCAGUGCCCAAGGCCAGUAUUCCCAAAGAGAAAAAAACUUUCCAACAAGAUUGUGUGCAGUUCUGGUCACCUACCUCCAGGAAAGAUAUAAAUAAGCUUGAAAGAGGGCAGAGAAAAUUUACACGGAUGUUGCCGGGACUUGAGGACCUGAGUUACAGGGAAAGGUUGAAAAGGUUAGGACUUUAUUCCCUGGAGCACGGGAGAAUGAGGGGGGAUCUUAUAGAGGUAUACAAAGUUAUGAGGGGAAUGUAUGCAGGCUUUUUCCCCUAAGGUUGGGUGAGUCUAGAACCAGAGGACAUAGAUUUAGGGUGGAAGGUGAAAUAUUUAAGGGGAAUCUGAGGGGAAACUUCUUCACUCAAGGGCGGUCCGAGUGUGGAAUGAGCUGCCAGCGGAAGUGGUGGAUGGGGGUUCGAUUAUAACAUAUAAGAGAGGUUUGGAUAGGUAUGUGGAUGGGAGGGGUUUGGAGGGAUGUGGUCCGGGUGCAGGUAGAUGGGACCAGGCAGAAGAUCUGUUUGGCAUGGGACUAGAUGGGCCAAAGAGCCUGCUUCUGUCCUGUAUGAUUCCCACAACGUGAGCCCCGUCACUGCGGAUCACUUUAACCUCGGCCACCUGUCAGGAAGUUGGCCCCGCCACGUUCCCCUCCGGAUUAAACUCCCAGCCUCAACUCCCAACACCUGCGGCUGCAGUGGCCACCUCCAGGUUCAACCGCUCCACCAAGCCCGCAGCUCACCAACCCCCUCCCCCAAACCUCUCCCCCCCCACCCCCGCCCCCGCACACCUGCAUGUAAAAGCGGGAAUAAAGCUGGAAACGCUCGGCAGGCCAGGUAGCAUCCAUGGAGGGAGGAACGGGGUUAACACUUCUGGACAAAGACCCUUCGUCACAACAGGGAAAGGGAGAAAAUAGGAUGGUUUUAGGCAGGAGAGGGUGAGGGACGAAGGGUGUGGAUGGGGUAGCCUGCUUUCCUAUCAGAGGUAGAUAAAACUAGAGGACAUAGGUUUAGGGGGACGAGAUGCAGAGGGGAUCUGAGGGGGACCUUUCUCACCCAGCGAGCGGUGAGUACCUGGAACACACUGCCGGAGGGAGUGGUGGAAGCAGCGCACUGAAGAAGUGUCUAGACGGGCACUUCAAUCGCCCAGGGAUAGAAGGCAAUGGGCUGAGUGAUGGGAGAUGGGAUUUCUAUCGGUCAGCAUGGACGUGUUGAGCCGAAUGGCCUGCCUCCGUGCUGUAUGACUCUAAGACUCAGUGACCUCUGUUAGGGUGAGUCCAUGAUUGCAGAGGUGAUAAACCGUCGCUGAAGCCAUCUGGUUGAUAGGUUACUGAGGACUACUCUUUGACCAAGUUUUUGGCUAAACCCGAUUUCACCCGAUGUGGCUUAGUGUUAAAUUUUGGUUGACCACACUGCUGUGAGACGUUUCAGUGACAAAGGCACAGUAUACAUGUCAUCCCGAAUACAUUUAAAAUCUGUCCCACCACACCGGUUUUGUAACCUGAGGUUAUUUCGACGUGACUUGUGCUGGGAGAACUGACUGUGGGACUGGAUGUCUUAGUUGUGGAGUUAGGAGCAGGGUUAGAACAUCUCUGGAAAGUGUACAAGAUACAUACAGGUUGAAACUCUCGAAUCCGGCACCCUUGGGGCCUGACCGGUGUUGCACCACAAAAAAUGCCCCCAGUCAUCUUCCUCUGACUGGGAGAACUGUUCUUACUAAGUACAGAUACUUAGUCCUGUAGAUACUUAGACCGGGUUCCAAGAACGGUCCGUAUCCCGAAAUUUCCGUCAGUUGGAAACGCUGUUGGCUGGGAUUUCAGGAGUAGCACGGUGGGUUAAUUAGUGACAGAUUAGUUCAGAUCUUCGUUAAUGGUCAAUCUUAGUAAGACGGUAGUUGGAACUCGUUAAUUAGUAGAGAUCUGAACGACAAACUUGAAACGUGCCGGACCAUGGGAAUUGCUCUCCUGUGGAAUACCGGACUGGAGAAUUUCAUCCUGUAUUUCUGUAACCCUCCCCACUUCCGCACCUCAGGAUACGCCGAGGAGUUUUACACCCAGUGAAGUCCUGGUGGAGGAAACACUAUCCGUGCUCAGCAAGAUCCCAUGACAGCAGCGGGCUAAUGACCAGAGGGGUAAAUGUUGUCUGUGUCACUGGGGAGGGGGUCGAUAUCCCCUGCAACCCACCCCCUCCCACCCCCUCCCACCCCCGAAAUCGUUCGGUGUGGUCUUGCACGUCCCACUUGAAUGUCUCACUGAGGGAUAGUCUCUGUGACAGUGUUGUAUUCUCUCAGUACAGAGAACAUACAUAGGACAUACAUAGAACAGUACAGCCCUUUGGCCCACGAUGUCUGUGCCGAACAUGAUGCCGAAUUAAACUAAAUCUCUUCUGCCUGCACAAGAUCCGUAUCCCUCCAUUCCCUGCGUAUCCAUGUGUCUGUCUAACAGCCUCUUAAACACCUCUAUUGUAUCUCCCACCACCGCCACCCCUGGCAGCGCAUUCCAGGCACCCACCGCUCUCUGUGUAAAAAAUUCCUGCCCCAGACAUCUCCUUUAAACUUUCCUCCCCUCACCUUAAAUGCUCAUCCUCUAGUACUUGAUAUUUCCACCCUGGGAAACAGAUUCUAACUCUCCGCUCUAUCUGUGCCACUCAUCAUUUUAUAAACUUCUAUCAGGUCUCCCCUCAGCCUCCAACGCUCCAGAGAAAAUAACCCAGGUUCAUCCAACCUCUCCUCAUAGCUCAUACCCUCUAAUCCAGGCAGCAUCCUGGUAAACUUCUUCUGCACCCUCUCCAAAGCCUCCACAUCCUUCCCGUAAUGGGGCGACCAGAACUGCACAUAGUACAUAGAACAUAAAACAGUACAGCACAAUACAGGCCCUUCGGCCCACAAUGUUCUGCCGACCUUUAAACCUCACCUAAGACUAUCUAACCCCUUCCUCCCACAUAUCCCUCUAUUUUAAAUUCCUCCAUAUGCUUAUCUAGUCAUCUCUUGAAUUUGACCAAUGUACCUGCCUCCACCACCACCCCAGGCAGCACAUUCCACGCCCCAACCACUCUCUGGGUAAAAAAUCUUCCUCUGAUAUCCCCCUUGAACUUCCCACCCAUUACUUUAAAGCCAUGCCCUCUUGUAUUUGAGCAUUGGUGCCCUGGGAAAGAGGCACUGGCUGUUUACUCUGGCUAUUGCUCUUAAUAUUUUGUACAUGUCUCCUCUCAUUCUCCUUUUCUCCAAAGAGUAACGCCCUAGCUCCGUUAGUCUCUCCUCAUAAUGCAUCCUCUCUAAACCAGGCAGCAUCCUGGUAAAUCUCCUCUGCACCCUUUCCAACGCUUCCACAUCCUUCCUAUAAUGAGACGACCAGAACUGGACACAGUUUUGGUACGUUGGUCCUGCCUAACCAAAAUUUUAUGUCACUACAUGACUUCCUGACACUCAGUGUCCCGACCGACGAAGGCAGGCAUGCCAUAAGCCUUAUCACCCUAUCGACUUGCAUGACCACCUUCAGGGAGCAAUAGACCUGGACCCCAAGAUCCCUCUGUACGUCAACAAAACAGAGUAUUCAGAAACAACUUGUUUUCAUUAUCGCCCAAUUUACAAAAAAAAUAAAGGUUUUACAAGCAUAUAAGGAUUACAGGUAGAAGCAACUGGUGCUGAGAACGAAUGAGAAAUCUCUUGUUAUUCACCUCACUGUCAGUGUGGCUUUUAGAGACACCUGCUCUAACCUGGCCUGUGAUUGGGUCUUCUGCAGGCCUUAACAGGGCAGGACACACCAGAGUGAGGGAGGAGUGUUCACUGAGGCAAGCAACCACGCUUUGGACUGCCUCCCCCAUUUAUUGCCUCUCAUAAUCUUAUAAACCUCUAUCAGGUCUCACCUCAGCCUCUCCGGCUCCAGAGAAAACAACCCAAGUUUGUCCAACCUCUCCUUAUAACACAUGCCCUCUAAUCCAGGCAGCAUCCUGGUGAACCUCUUCUGCACCCUCUUCAAACCCUCAACACCUUUCCUGUAAUGGGGUGAUCAGAACUGAAUGCAAUACUCCAGAUGUGGCCUAACCAGAGUUUAACUGAAACAUAACUCCCUGACUCUUGAACUCAAUGCCUUGACUAGUAAAGGCAAGCAUGCCGUACGCUGUCUGUACCACCCUGUCAACCUGUGCAGCCACUUUCAGGGAGCUAUGGACUUGGUCCCCAAGGUCCCUCUGUACAUCAAAGAUACCUCUGUACACACCCUUCCUGUAAUGGAGCAACCUGAACUGCUCACAACUUGCACAGAAUUGCAGUGAAGUGUCAGCGCGGAGUUUUGAGCUCAGUUCUUUGCCUGAGAAGUACCCGUUUGAUCUCGGUUUACAAAAUGGCUUGUUUGGUUCAAGUAUUCAGGAGAAGCGAUGGCCUUAAAAUAAAGAACUGGCCUUUUUAA